CUGCUAUAUAUACUCCUAACUAGUUUCCAUUCUUCUCAUGCAUUACUAACUCUCACACAAUAUAUUGUUAUAAUAAUUUGCAUUAAUCUUUAAGAGCUUGUGAGGAAAUGGUCAGAAGCACAGUCACAAAAGCAAGGAUGUUGUUGCUUAGUUCAUGCAUGAAAGCGAAACAAGUGGGAGUGGAUAAUCAUAAUGGGCGGGCGCAAUUUAGCAAGCUGAUAAGAGGAGGAGUAGCAGGGAUGAAAGACUCAUCAUCAUCUCAUGAAAACAAAGAUGGUAGAAUAUUAGGUAAUAAUAAUAAGAUCAUGAAUUAUAAUUAUAAGAGAGAUCAUGAAUAUGAACAUGAUGAUGAAGAGGAGGAGGAAGAGUUAGUGGUGGGUUCAUCAUCGUGGUCGAAAACGAGGUCGUAUUGGAGUCCUCAUCCGUACAGUGGGAUAUAUGUACCAAAAGGACAUGAAUGGGUGGUGGAUGAUGUGCCCAAAAAUGCUGCCUCUUUUGGUGAUCAGACUUAUUGGCUAAGGAAUGUUGAUGGUGUUGAUAAGCCAGACCCCGAUCUUCCCUACUCUCCUCAUCAAUAUUACUACAGUACCUUAUAAUAAUAAUAUACAUAUAUAUUAUAUAUGAUAUGAUGAUGAUGAUCGUAAACUAAUUGAUCACACUUCACCACUCUCUAGCUAAUUAAUUACUUAUAAUAAAAUAGCUGCAUGUAUUAAUAAUAAUAAUCAUUUGAUUUUCGAGUGGUAUAUAUAUAUAUUGGUGUUGUGUAUAACAUAUAUAUCUAGUAAUAAACUUUAUUUAGCUUUACGUACGUAUACGCGAGCGUAUUGUAUGGCAUAAUUAUUAUUAUUAAUGAAUAAUUUUAAUUAGCAUUA